AUGGAGGAAAGUCUGGUGGAUAAGAAGGUUGAGGCAGAGUUGAUGAAGCAGCUUCAGGGCCGAAAGGAAGGCAUCUCCAACUCUGAGCUGACUGAACUUACACCUCAUUUGAAUGCGAAAAGCCGGAGUGAGCUGAUCAACAAGAUAUUGUCCACCGGAGAUGUUGAAAUGCUUCAAAUUUGUGGGUCCAAGGACUUUUACCUCAAAUAUAAGAAGACGGCGCUACCUUCGGAUGCGCCGCCUGAAGAACAUUCGGUAAGAGCUUGAAGUUUGCUUGAUUUUUAUUGGUUUAGAUGAUCUUAUUGGCGAUGUUUGAAGUCUUUUUUUUGGAAUUUACAUAGAAGAUAAGGUUUAUCGGCUUAUAUUCUACUUUUUCAUACCUAUCUCUAGAUAGUUUUGUUGAUAAUACUGUUUAUACAGUCUCACAAAUCCGAUCGUUACAUUUAUUUAAACUUUUUUAAGUACAGCAUGCUAUACCACCGUUAAUCAACCUUAUUUUAGGUAUAUUCAAUAGUAGAAGAGUCGGACAAGAAUGGAAUUGGGAUAAAAGACAUUCGAGAUCAAUCAGGGUUGUCAGAAACGCAGUUGAGACGGGUAUUGAAGUCAUUAGAACAGAAAAGGCUGAUCAAGUCGAUUAAAGCUGUUGGAACGACCAAAAAGUGUUAUAUCUUGUACAAUAUCGAUGCUGGAGAUAGUUUGACGGGUGGAACGUUCUAUUCUGAUCAACAACUUGAUUCUCAGUUUGUUCAGACUUUGAUCCAAGUUUGUGUGGCUAUGCUUCAGGUAACUUGUUGUUUUGGUUUGAGGUUUUUGAUGAUUUCGGUGGAAAUUUAGGGCUUUUGAUAGCUGAUAAGUGAAGGUUUUUUUUUGAAAUUUAAUGAGCUUAUUAAGUUUUUAAAAUAAUCUAGAUAGCAGAGUAGCUUUUUCGUUUAAAAAACUGGUUUACAUAGCCAUUUCACUGUUAAUCUCUUCUAUAUUAUUCUCAAGAGAGCUAAAGUACGUGGAUGGUGUUAUAGCCUAUUUAUGGUAAUUUAUAAACUAAUGGGAGUUUAAUGAAUAUAUUAUUGUUUAUGUAGGUGGUUUGAACGUUUUUUUUUGCAAAAGACGUCACGUUUUAUGGGUAAUGAUGUUUGAAACGUCUUUUUAUAAGUUUGACGUCACAAAUUUGAAGUUUUUGGAAAAAAAAGUUGGUAACUGGAUUUUAAACUUUAAAAUCUGGUGUUAUAUAAGGUUUUUUUUGAUAUUUUAGAUAGGUUUUUUUUAGUUUAUUUGACUCUAUUUUAAUAUAAUACGAUAGAACGGAACUUGUUGUAUAUUAUUGUAUGUUUUCUGGAUAUUUUAUGCUUUUUAAAAUAUUUUUUGGAUAUUUUAUUCCUUUUUAAUACCUAAAAUUCAACUUUCAGAAUGUCCGCCAAACAGCCGAAGACAAUAACCCGACAGACAAGAGGCGGCAAGUAGAAGAUGCCUUUGUAGCGUCUGAUGUCGUGGCCAAAUACAUUCACGAUAAAGCCAUCAGCAAGGUGGAACUGUCAGUUGGCGAUGUGGAAAGCAUACUGGACGUAGCUGUAUUAGAUGGAAAACUGGAGAAAAGAAUCGGAAGUCAAUACCGUGCCAAACCACAGAAACCCUUCUUGUCACCACUGAUAACAACACCUUGUUUCCAAUGCCCUAUGGCUUCGGAAUGUCGACCCGGACAUAGUAUAUCACCGGAGAACUGCGAGUACAUUCAGGCGACGUUUGAUAUAUGA